AUCGAGCGAGUCCUGUGAAAAAUAUGUCAAAAAUGGCGACCUUCCUUUUCAUCAGCGUUUUGAGUUGAUGAAGAGAAACUCAAACAUCCGUGAGCGUUAUUUGAAAGAUCAUUUAUUAUUGUUUACAACUCCUCAAAACGCAUUCAAAGAAAGUGGCGCGAAGUAUUGCUGAUUUGUGAGUAAAAUUAAACUAUCACAAAAUGGAUGAGGAAGAAACCUUUGAUUUGAACACCAUUCACGAAUAUGAGCUGCAAUCAAACGAGGACGGCUCUGUGAAGCUGCACGAAAACUGCCUCAUUAUAUCCCACAACGAGACAAAAGAAGUUAAAUAUCUACCGCUUACUGAAGAAGUUUUGCAGGCCCUGGGACUAGCUUUGUUGCAAGAUGAAGAGGAUACAGAGCAACAGCCUCAAGCAGAGCAGCCUGAAGACACUCAGCUCACUGAAGCUACUGAAACAUAUGAAGAGUCUGUGAGGCCUGAAGGUGUGGAAAUAACUAUAGAGGAAAUGCCUUUAAAACCAGAAGAAGGGACUAUAACUAUUGUGUUCACAGAUGACGAAGAUGCUAUGGAGCUGGACAGAACUAUCACAGACUCAGAGAAAAACAAUGGUGGAGUUUCAGACAAAGACAACCUGUUCUGGUCAGUGCCGAUGACGCACCGCCUGCUCGACCUAUACGAAGAGAAGAUGCAUCUGUUCCACUCCCCGGACAAGAAACAACGGUCCGUGUGGAAGGAGAUCUACGAAGCCAUGAGCCAAGAGUACCCUGAGAUCUUGCACUCGAAUGAGUUUGGGUUAAGGAGCAAAUUCGGAGGUCUCAAGAGGACUUAUAAAGGAGCUGUCGAGUAUCUCAAUGAUAAUCUUCAUACAACCAAGUGGCCGUUCUUUGAGCGCAUGGAGAAAAUAAUGAAUACGAGACGUAGGCUUGAGAACGGAGGUUCUAAAGCGGAAGGCAGGAAAAGUGGCUCAGGGGCUUCAGAUGGCCAGCCAUGGGAGCGUUCCUGGACCCCCCUCCUACUUCAAGUGUACGAGGAGUGCAUGCAGAGCGACGCGGCGCUGGACUGGAGCGACAUCCGCGCGCGCCUGGCGCAGGCCGAGCCGGGCCUGGCCCGAGUCAGCACCAGACAGAUAAAGCAGAAGUUCCUGUACCUGAUGCGCUCGUACGCUGCCAUGGUGAAGACCGGCAGCCUGCCGCGCGGCGAGCUGCUCGACCUGCAGAUAUUCGAGAGCCUCCAGCGCAUCUACUCGGCCGAGGAGCAGACCAUAGAGCAGCAGGAGCAGGCGGCUCGCAGCGGGACGCGGGGGGGGAAGCUCGACGCAGUGCAUAUGCAGAAGCCCGGGGCUAGGGAGAAAGCAUGGCCCAAGGCGCACACGGAGCUACUCCUAGACCUGUACACCGAGCAUCGGCCGCGCCUGCAGCACGAGCCGGCUAGCGCGGUGUACCAGGACAUCGCCACCAGUCUGAGGGCUACACUGCCUGGCAGCGGGGCUAUCGACGGACCCGCUUGUGAGGCCAAGAUAGCCGCACUCAUGAACAGACUGAACGUUUGCAAGGCCAAAGAAACGAAGAAUUGGCAGUACUAUUCGAGGGCGCAGCGCGCGUUCGGCGGCGGCGGCGACGGCUGGUCCGCGCCGCGCACCAAGCUGCUGCUGGAGCUGUACGAGCUCACCAGCCGGACCCUCGACGAGAGCGGCCCGAGGUUCUGGAGAACACUGGCCGAGAGAAUGGCCGAGCGGGUCCCGGACGCGGGACUGUCGGCGGCGAAGUGCGAGGCCAAGAUGCAGUCGCUGCUCAUCAAGUACAAGUCGCUGGCGAUGCGGAAACACGACCACAACUGGGUCUUCUUCCCCCAAAUGGACAAGAUCUUCGGCACAAAAUCCACCCCAUGGCCGAACCGCACCCUCCAGCUGCUACUGGCGAUGUACCAGGCCAACAUACACCGACUAGAGGCGGGCGAGGCGCCGGCGCGCGUGUGGGCCGCCGUCUCACAGAGCAUCAACAAUGCAAUACACCAAGAAGACAUCGUGACGCCGAAGUCUUGCAGCCAGAAGAUGUCGGAGCUGAAGCAGAAGUACAACAAGCUGAUGCGAGACGACGAGGCGGCCAAGGCGUGGCCGCUGUUCAGACGCAUGUCCGAACUAUUCUCCACGUACCUCUGGUCGAAGGCCAACGUGGACCUUUUACUAGACGUCUACGAGCGGCACAAACACCGCUUCGACCUCGUCCACGACCAAGCCGCCGUGUGGGACGCCAUUAGCGACGAGUUCAACGACGAGAGCCACUCGAGUGCCGUGAUUGGUCAGCAGUGCCAGACGGAGAUGCAUGUGUUGAAGGCGCGGUAUCGGGCGCUGUUGAAGAAUGAUGUGAAGAAUAGUAGCUGGCCGUUCUUUGAGAAAAUGCACCGAAUAUUCGGCGAGGACGCGGACAGCCCGGCGGCGGCGCGCGGCAGGGACGCCUCCAAGAGCUUGCUCAUUCCUCUCGACCUCAACUUUGAAGAUGACAUGGAAGAGUACACCUGGACGGAAGAAUCAACCGACCUGAUGCUGCAGCUGUACCAGAAGCACCGGCACUGGUUCGGCAACAAGCCGCGCAGCGAGGUGUGGGCCGCCAUCGACAGGGAACUAACUGAACAUGAUCCGACGUACACUAAUAAGAAGAAGGGCUACGGCGGGUGGUUCCGCUACCUGGACAUCAUGACCAAGUACAUGGACAUCAAGGAGCGCCGCAGCGACGAGAAGGACUGGCCUUACUAUGAACGCAUGGAGUCUAUAUUCAGCAGCCGCGGUCGCUCGGGCUCCGUGCCCAGCGACGUGUCGGAGGUCGCCAGCGACCGCUCCGAGGCCGUCGGCGACCUGCUGCAGGCCGCCCGCGGGCGCAAGCGACUAGUCGAUGCACCAGACAUUAAUUCAGAUCACCUGCCAGACCUCAGUAUAGACGAACCCACCUCCACUAAGAAAAACAAAACAGGUAAAACUAACAACACGUCGUUGAACCACGCAGACACGCCGCUCAGCUGUGGGAAGAAACAGAAACCAGAACCGCUACCAACCUCGGAAGACUUCACGCUAACCCUGCUCGAGUCCUACGACAAGCACCGGCGGCGCGGCGCGCUGGGCUGGCGCACGGUCCUCGCCAUCCUACGCAACAAGUUCCCUCAAGCGACCCAAGUGACCCAGGCGAGGUGUGAAGAGAGGCUAGCGGAGGUGAAAGACGCGUAUAUGCGGAUGAAGAUUCGCGGCCCCAAGAGUAUACAUGACUUGAAUCUGCCGGCUAAGGUUUUUGAGAAAAUGGAGGAGCUAAACAUCAAAAAGGAAGCCCCAGAAGCCGAAACAGAAGAGAACGGCGACGUCGCGGCCGACGACGACGUCAACCACAGCGACGAAGUGUCCGUCGCGCUACUACGAGAGAUGAAGCGAAAGAACGACAUCAACGAGAAACGACUGGAGGUGUCGCAAAGAAUGAUGGAAAUGAAGAAGAGACAACACGAAGAGAAAAUAGAAAUGCUCAAGAAAAUACACGAAGCCCUGUCCACGGCUAUUGGGCACGAGAAUAAGGAACUGAUAGAUUCACUCGAGAGGACGCUAGAGGAUAUACAUGCGUCGUAGGGUUUCAAAGUGAUAUGUCUAAAGUUAGCGAUCAUGCAGAGAUUAGGUAUGAAAAUAUUAAGAAAAUGCACAGAAGGUGUCUGUUAUUUUUACAAUAAAGUAGUUUUAAGUUUUUUAUAA